AUGAAAAACUUGGGGGCGUCCCCUACUAAGCGACGUGCUGCACUUCAUAGACCCGGGUGUAGUGAUAAGUAUGCAAGGGUUGCUAGGUCGUCGUCCGGAAGCAGCGCGCCAUCCCGGCGCCCGGGGGUGGUGUCAAAUAUGCAAGGGUGCCCGCAUCAAGGAUGGGUGCAGGUAAAGAAGCUAGUCCAGGGUAGUGGUAGUGGUAGGGGUAGGGGUAGUGGUAGGGGUAGUGGUAGGGGUAGUAGGAUGCGCUUUGGAACAUGGAACAUUGGCUCUUUGACGGGAAGAUCGGCGGAGGUGGUGGAGGUUAUGAGGAGGCGAAAGAUUCACAUAAUGUGCCUUCAAGAGACUAAGUGGGUUGGUGGAAAAGCAAGAGAAAUAGCCCCGUGGGGUUAUAAGCUGUGGUACUCUGGAAAGGAUAAGAGUAGGAAUGGAGUAGGCAUCAUUAUUGAUAAGGAAUAUAUUGAUGAUGUGGUGGAAGUUUCGAGGAAGAGUGACCGCAUUAUGAGUAUCAGGCUAGUAUUAGGAAGCGAGGCGGUGACUAUCAUAAGCGCAUAUGCGCCGCAAGUAGGAUUGGAAGCAUUUAUUAAACAACAAUUUUGGGAGGAUUUGGAGGAGGUUGUGCAACGAGUGCCUAUUAAUGAAAAAUUGAUCAUUGGUGGGGAUCUUAACGGACAUGUGGGCACUAGUCGGGUUGGCUUUGAGAGCAUUCAUGGAGGUUUUGGGUAUGGGGAGAGAAAUGAAGCUGGAAGCGGUAUCUUGGAUUUCGCAUUAGCCUAUGGUCUUAGUAUUAUGAACACUUGGUUUGAGAAAAGAGAAUCUCACCUUGUGACAUAUAGGAGUGGAAGUAACGCGAGUCAGAUUGACCUCUUUUUAGUAAGGAAUGCUUAG